AUGACACUCCACGUGACGUCACAUGUCAACAUGGCUUCCGCUGUCUCGAGCGAACAUUUCGACAAUUUACAGCUUCUUCUGAAGGCUCCGUCUAAAGACGCCGUGAGAGACGUUUGUGUUCAGAGUCACAGGAGGACAAGUCAGCGUCUGGUGGAGACGACGGCAGAAACACUCGACGUCACUGCAGCUCAGGCUGCUCAGCUGGUCCACUCCCUCCACGUUCUGUCUCAUCACGUUCUCUGCUACAACCUCGGUUCUCCGGAGCAGAUCCUACAUCUGUUCCCCGACUCGUUCCACUCCAGUCUGAAGAACCUGAUCACCAAGAUCCUGCUGGAGAACAGCCCGACGUGGAGAACAGAAGCUCUCAGUGAUCAGGUCUCUCUCCCCCAGCUGAAGGACUUGGACUGGAGAGUCGACAUGGUGACCGGUUCAGACUCAGUCAGUCGGAUGUCUGUCCCGACCUGCCUGGUUCAGCUCAAGAUUGAGGACCCGUGUCCGUCGGCGGGUCUGGAUCCGGUGUCCCUGCUGACGGUGGAGCUGAGCAGAGAGUCUCUGGACACCAUCCUGGAUGGACUGGGACGCAUCAGAGACCAGCUAAGUGUGGUCGCUGGGAAGUGAGGCCCGGAGGCAGCUGAUUGGUCCGUUCAGAGAAUGACAUCACGAGGCCCGGAGGCAGCUGAUUGGUCCGUUCAGAGAAUGACAUCACAAGGCCCGGAGGCAGCUGAUUGGUCCGUUCAGAGAAUGACAUCACAAGGCCCGGAGGCAGCUGAUUGGUCCGUUCAGAGAAUGACAUCACGAGGCCCGGAGGCAGCUGAUUGGUCCGUUCAGAGAAUGACAUCGCGUCUUUUUUACAGCCUGAAGCUGAUUUUUGUGUCGUUUUCAUCAAUUUAACAACAUUCAUGAGUUUGACUAUUUACAGAAAUGUUUGAUAAUUAAAUGUAUCAUAAAAAACUAAACUUUACUAAAAUAAAAAGAUUGAUUUUCACUUUGCUUUUUCAGACCAAGAAAUAAUUAAUAAACUGUUUUCUGAGA